AUCCCUCGCCGUAGUCCUCGCCGUCGCCGCCGCUCCGAAACCCUCCCCACCGCUUCCGCUCCGCCCCCAUCCGACAAAUCAUCCAAAAUUCCUCCUCCAACUCUAAGCCUCGGGACGCAUCGACCGCUACAGCGCUAUCGGAGCCCCGGAUGGCGCCGCCCCCUCCUUCUCCGCCGCCCCCGUCUCCCCCCCCGGCGCCGGCGCCGCCAUCUUCACGGUGGGACACGCCGGUGCCGCAGUGGGUGAUACUGUGGAGGGUCCCACGAGUAUAUCCGGCCGACGUGCCCUCCAAGGGAUCGGAGUUCUCCCUCGCUCUCGCGGCUCCGCCACGGAUCAGCUCCCUCUCCCUCGCGGCGCCACCUCAUCUAUCCAGUGCCUACCUCACGGCGGCGCCACCGCAGAUCUCCGCCCAUGGACGCUUCCUCUCCGGCGACCUCGGCCCGUUCGCCCCCUUCGUCCUAGCGGCGGACGCUUCUGGGGUCAUCCUCGUGCACGCCUACUCCGCCCGUGUCCUGUUCGACCACAGCGGCAGCGGCAGCAACAGCGGCAGCGGCAGCGGCAGCGGGGGCCCGUUCGUCGCCGGCGACAAGGGUGGUUCCCGCAUAGGUCCCUGCCUCUACGUGAUUGACACGUUCUCUGCGGCGGCGGAUUUCCUGCCCGACCGCAACACCAACCCCGGGCUGACCAACUUCGCUCUUGUCGUGCACAAUCACGAAGGGGUCGUCGCGCGUAGUUACUCAGUCAUGGAACUGGUUCUCGAGGCUGACAGUAAUAAGGCACAGCUUUGGGAAUUCAGUUCUGCUUCCGGAGUAUGGUCUAUGAAGACACUCACAUGCCCCAUCCACUUACCAUGGAACAGUAACAUUUCAUUCGUUUUUUGAGGGCAAGAUUUGGUGGGUCGACUUGUGCCGCGGGUUGCUGUCUUGUGAUUUCAGUGCUGAGGGAGAAGAAGAGCUCAGUAUGACGCUACUUCCAGAUGGCUUGCAUGCAGAGGAGGUUGAAACUCUUUCUAGUGUUUGCGUCAGCGAGGGCAAGAUCACAUACGUGGCUGUAUCUGGACAUCCUGGGGGAUUACCUUCUGAGGGCAAUGUUCUCGUCUGGAUUUGUACAGUGACUCCUAUGUCAGUCAUUUGGGACACGAUAUGCCAUGCUCUUGGUCUGCAGAGGGGAGCUCCACCAGUGAUCAGUGUGCUUGACCGGCAAGAUGCCAGCGUGCUCUACUUCUUUAUGCAGCAACACCUAGUGGGAUUCCACCUCACAAGAAGACUGGUAAAACAUUCUUGCAUCUGUGGCCAUCAGGGGGGCACUUCUCGAAUGGUUCUCUCCAUGGGAACCCCUUCCAAUUGCUCCAACACAAGCCACUGCAGGGGAAGAAGAUAAGGAACAGCAUAUUGUAUAUGCUGGGAUUACAACAGCGGCCGAAGCAGCCCUGGAGCUGUUUGAGGCUCGAAUGGAUUCGAUCCAAGAUGGACCACCGGCUCAUGUUGUGGUUCCACCGGUUCAUGUUGUGGUUUGUCAAGUGAAGAACGCGGACUCAGGGAGCGGACCCCCGUCCAACACAGAAGACUGACAGCCUUGUCGUCGAACAGUACCGAAGAGUUGUUUGACUCCUCUCCUCUUAGAGUAGUGGCACAUUGAGCGAUUGCCAAUCUCAUGAAGUUUGGUUUGUGAUGCUAGUCGGUUCGAAGUACUCAAAACAUUGAAGCAUGCAUUAUGGAUGGAAAACCUUCUAAAUUCUCAUCUUGUCGACUGAGUAGGUAAAUUUUGAUUGACUCGAUGGUAACUUUAGUUA